AAAACGCUUACCCGGUGGACUGUUGAUGAUCUAGUUGUGGUAAUUGUAAAUGUAAUUGCCGUCACUUUCCUCCGGGAAGUGUGUUGCGUUUAGUUUAUCUCCAAACAAACUUUCUCUACGCAGAACAAACCAGUACGCUUACUGCUAUAUUUAUUCAGUACUCUAUUACAUAAAUACAUAUAUAUAAAAAUUGAUGUGAUGUAUAUAUAGUAGUACACGUUAUAUUUGAUGACGAUCAUGAGUAUAUGCCGCUUCGUUAGAGAUAUAUGGGAUCGAGCUAUGGACCGAUGUUACCACCUCUUUCCUUGUCUCUCCGAUCCCGUUCGGAGAUCUUCGCUGGGUCUGAAAUUGGCGUUGGUGACGCUGCAUCUGAUAUACGCUGGCAUUCUCUUUCUGUUUGAUGGAGGUUUGAUAGAAAAGACAAAACAAGAGCCAUGGUACACUUCUUUAUAUUUGUUUCUGUUUUUUGCUACACUGGUUCAAUACUUCAUUACCUCCAGUUCUUCUCCUGGCUAUGUAAUUGAUGCAAUGAGAACUAUGAAUGAGGCAAAUUCAAGAAUGCAAAAGGCAUCAAUGGCCUCAAAACAACCUGCUUCAAGCAACAAUGGAAGCUUGGUUAUUACUGUGGAUGGAAGUCAGUCGGCAAGAAAUCUUCUAGCAAGUAACUCCAUGUCAUGGUCGAAGCUGGUUAUGGACAUGUAUCCCCCUGGAACUUCUGCUAGAACUUGGACUUGCUCCUACUGUAAUGUUGAGCAGCCUCCUCGAGCUAAGCAUUGUCAUGACUGUGACAAAUGCGUUCUCCAAUUUGAUCAUCAUUGUGUUUGGCUGGGGACAUGCAUUGGCCAGGGUAAUCAUUGUCGAUUUUGGUGGUACAUUUGUGAGGAGACAGCAUUAUGCCUUUGGACUGGCAUUUUGUACAUUUCUUACCUGAAGGCUAAUAUAUCAAGGGCUUGGUGGAAGGAUGCGGUCAUGAUAGUGCUUUUGAUUACUUUGUCAAUCUCCCUAAUCUUUUUGCUUCUCCUACUGAUAUUUCAUAGCUAUCUUAUCUUAACAAAUCAGACUACCUACGAACUUGUGAGACGUAGACGCAUCCCAUAUCUAAGGGGUAUUCCUGAAAGAGUGUAUCCUUUUAGUAAAGGAGUUUGCACAAAUUUGUACGAGUUCUGCUGUGCUCAAGGCAGCAUAUAUAAAAUGGAACCACUGCCCACAGCCCAAGAAGUUCAAGAAAAGUCAAGGCCCUACUCCUGCUUGGAUGUCGUGACCUGUCGCUGCUGCUGACCAUGCCAAGAAUUUACAGUGCUUUACACAUUCGUUUCUACAAAUUCAUUGUGAGCUCCCUGAAGUAUGCCUGCGUUCCAUUUGUUUGAUUAUCUAAAGGUUAUGUUAAAGUCGGUUUAUUGGUUUUUAGGUUUCUCUUUAUUUUUGGCCAAGUUCAUAGGUAAGUCAUAGUGAUAUUUCGUGGUCAUAUGGUCUUUACAAAUGAAGGAGAUAUUUUUGUACUGAUUAUCAUAUUGGCUCUUAGCAAUUAAACAACCCAACAAGAUUGCCGCAUACAA